GUAAUUCCUUUCAAUUUUCUCUUGGCUGCGCUGAUGUUCGCAAUAUAUGUGUAGUUAGUAUUAUGAGGAGCCUAAUUACAUCAUGUUGAUAUCGCGCUUAUACAAUAUUUGUAAAUAUUAAUUAGAUAGUACCAUAUCGAAUUGUGCAUCUGCAAGUAAAUGUCUACAUUGCCAAAUAUGAGUGUAUCGACGAAUCUUAAGAAACACAGCACUCAUUGUCAACCAGAUGUUCAUAAGAUGGGUUGCGUUGAGCGAACGCAGGGUGAUGGCAUGGAGAAUGUGACAGCAGAUAAGACUGAGACCAAACAAAGUAGAAGUCGUCUAGGUGAUACUCUUAUUUAUCAUCCUACAAAUCUGAAGCAGUUGGGAUCAACGCCUCCAGUUAUGCCUACUGGUACAAUAGUAAAUCUAGUGCCAAAGAAUAUUAGUAAGCAAGAAAAGCAUAUUCUACAUUCCCUGAAAUCGAAGGAACCAAAAUUUGUGCCGUAUGAACCGUACAAAGCAGCUGUUAAUCCAAUAGUACCAUUUGAAAAAAAGAACAUGAGAUUAUCUAGGAAAGAGUCGAGUAUGAAGGCCACAGUCGCACAAAUAGCAGCGAUGAAAAUUCAGGAGACUAACACAAGAGUGAAAGAUGCUACAAAAGAGAGUAUGGAGAAAGUAUCAGAUGAUGUGUGGGAAAAUGAGAAACGUGCAUACGAGGGAGAAAUUCGCAAGCUCAAGGAGGAGAACAGUCAGCUGGAAACUCAGUUAAAAUUUCAAGCACAGGUCAAUGGUGAAUUGAAGAAUCUAUUAGUUGCUGCAGUGGGAGAGGAUCUUGAAACAAGGGUUCAUCUAUUAACUGAGGACAAAUUACAACUCGCUCGUGCUCUCUUGAAUUCAGCCCAGCAUUUAACAACACAUCAGGAACAAACGGAAUGGCUAGCAGGCCAGUGUGAAGUUUGGAGAAGUAAAUUUCUGGCUAGUAGUUUGAUGGUAGAAGAUUUAGCAAGAUGGAAAGCUGCACUCUGUCAAAGAACAACAGAACUGCAAGAAUCAAUGAAACGAUUGCUAGAAGAGCAUAACGUUAUUCGCGAUACGUCGCUUAAAAUGUAUAGAAUGCUUACGAUUCUACGAGAGAAAUUCGAUCCGAUAGGCACGACAUCCGGCAAGAAGCAUGAAUUGGCUAGCACGAAUAUCGUGGAUCUCACGCAAGGAUGCUGUCAGCUCGCAGAAAUUCUAAAAGUCAGCCUACUUAGCGGUGUUCCAGAGUCCGAAUUACGGAGAGAGAUCAAUAUAACUGGCUUGGAUAUGAAAACGCUCGCGGAACAUAACGCGGAAAAGUUACUGAUGAAUCAAAAAUUGCCAAUGACGGGAAGAGAAGACGUUGCCUGCACUGCUGUAAUGGGCGCGGCAGUCGCAGUUGGCGGACAAAUGUUUCUUCCGCGAUGUGACAUUAAAAAUAUGACAUGUUGUCCACAUUGCAGCGGCGAGAUUAAACAAAUUUGAAAGUGACUCUACUUUUAUAUCUUCCACUUGAUGCUUUUGUACUAAAUAUAUCAAAUAUUUUCAUCAUA